GUCUCAGUUCGCCGGCAGUUUAGGCGGAGUUCUCGUAGCAGUCGGACGCGUUUUGUUUCUCACGUUGAUCAGUUUUUGAGUUUGUUGAAAGAUGGCCAACCCAAAUCCCGAGAUCAAGUGCACAAAGAUUUUCAUCAACAAUGAAUUUGUGAAUGCUGUGAGUGGCAAAACAUUCCCUACGAUCAAUCCGUCGACGGGAAAGAAGAUCUGCGAUGUUGCUGAGGCCGAUAAGGCCGAUGUGGACUUGGCUGUCAAGGCAGCCAAAGCUGCAUUCGAUCGGAAAUCCGCCUGGCGUCAAAUGGACGCAUCGGCUCGCGGUAAACUGCUGAUCAAGCUAACCGAACUAAUGGAACGUGAUUUGCACUAUUUGGCAAGUUUGGAAUCGCUGGACAAUGGCAAACCGUACGCGAGUGCCGUCUUCGAUGUGCACGGUUCAAUGAAUGCCUUGCGAUAUUAUGCCGGUUGGGCUGAUAAGAUCAGUGGAGAGACGGUUCCUUCGGAUGGACCACAUCUUACCUACACCAGAAAGGAGCCGGUUGGUGUGGUGGGACAAAUUGUUCCCUGGAAUUACCCGAUGCUGAUGCUGGCGUGGAAAUGGGGUCCCGCUCUGGCCGCUGGCUGUACAAUUGUUAUGAAACCGGCUGAGCAGACCCCACUUACCGCGUUGUAUCUUUGUUCGUUGGCCAAAGAAGCCGGAUUCCCGGCUGGCGUUAUCAAUAUGUUGCCCGGAUAUGGUCCAACCGCUGGCAAUGCCAUCAGCAUCCAUCCCGAUGUGAGAAAGGUGGCAUUCACCGGAUCCGUGGAGGUUGGUAAGAUCAUCAUGGCUGCUGCGGCGAGUACCCUGAAGAAGGUAUCUCUGGAGCUGGGAGGAAAGAGUCCAUUGGUUAUUUGCGAAGAUGUUGAUGUGGAUGAGGCUGCACAGAUCGCGUAUGCUGGCGUGUUUGAGAAUAUGGGACAAUGCUGUAUCGCCGCCACGCGCACUUUCGUCCAGGAGGGAAUUUACGAUGCGUUCGUGAAAAAGGCUACCGAACUGGCAAAAUCCCGCAAGGUUGGCAAUCCAUUCGGCCAGGGCGUUCAGCAUGGACCACAGAUCGAUGAAACCCAGUUCGGGAAGAUUCUGGGUUACAUUGAGAAGGGCAAAAAGGAGGGUGCUUCGCUGGAAGCCGGAGGCAUCCGUGUCGGCGCGGAAGGUUACUUCAUCGAGCCAACAGUUUUCGCGAAUGUGACUGACGAGAUGACAAUCGCCAAGGAGGAAAUCUUUGGACCGGUUCAGAGUAUCAUCAAAUUCAAAACGUUAGAUGAAGCGAUCGAACGAGCGAAUGCGACCACUUUCGGUUUGGCAGCGGGUAUUGUCACCAAAAAUCUGAACAAUGCGCUCACGUUCAGUAACGCCGUGGAAGCCGGUUCAGUGUGGGUCAAUACGUAUCUGGCCGUCACAAAUCAAGCUCCCUUCGGUGGCUAUAAGCAGUCCGGUAUAGGGCGAGAAAUGGGCAAGGAAGGCAUUGAACUGUACCUGGAAACAAAAACCGUUUGCAUCAAGCUACCAUCUAAGGUCUGAAUGGGUUGUCGCGUCUUGUUGAGUGUUAUCACGUUUGUUUUGUAAUAUUAUCUGGAACUGUACUGACGAGAAUAAAUUAUCUCGAUCCGCUUUUGUUA